AUCCGGCUAAUUGGCAUGCGAACUCGCUGGCACCGGUCGACGCAGUCAUGUCCGCCAUUUUGCUGUCCAUCGCUGCGCUUGUAGCGGCCGUCAGAGGGUACGGCGAAGAUCCUCGCGUGUCGCGCAUUCGUGGCGCGCCGUUGCCGGGCACGCUCAGCUCGGUGGGCGGCGAGGGCGAGGAAGCACCCCCUAUCUACCGGCCAGGCUCGCAGGCGUACGUGGUAUCUCAAUUCGUGAAGCCGAAGCCCCCCCACCAGUAUUGGGAAGAGGAGACGGCGCUCACCCUGGUGCCGGAGAACAAGAACUGCCUGCUGUGCGAGGCGCAGGACUCCGGCGCGUGCCGGGCGAUGCCCUCGUGCGUGUACUGCGAGCCGACUGUCACCGCGCUGUGCGAGAGAAGCACGCCGUGUCUGCGAUGUACUGUGAUCAAGAAUCCGUUCUUCAAGUGCAUUCCAGGCGAGAAGUAUAUGGAUGAGUGCGACUCCUGCCGCUGCACGGACGGCCACGGCGGCUGGUGCACCAACCAGUUCUGCGAGUUCCGAUCACUGCACCUCUAUGCUAUGAAACUCUCAGACGGAGAGUUCUACUGACUUUACACUUACUGUUCAUUUUGUUUUUAUUUACCACUUCACAUUACUAUAAUCAGUUAAAGGUACUCUAGUGGUGUAUAUAGGCUGCUCUAAAGAUUUACAAACCAAUGACUCUUCAUUUAUAUUUAUAAAAUUUAAUGCCUAUUUCCUUUCUUUACACUGUACACAUAACGCUAUAACAUCGAUGACUAUAAAUGAAAACGACUUAACCGAUUUUAUUAAAGUUUGUAAGUUUUCUAAUACUUCGUAAAAGGUUCCUACAGAGAGAAAAAUUAAGAUAUCUUAUUUAGAAAAUUUAAAAUUUCAGAAAAUAAAACGAAUAUUUUGA